AUGUUUUCUUACAUUGACAGGCGCAAUGUGGGAAAGAUCCAGCUUCUGUCUUUUGGGCAGUCCAUAAAAACUGAGUUGGCUGUGUUUACAGACGGUUUCUGUGAGGUCUGCCCUUCUGGUUGGACUCAGUUUGAGCGACACUGUUACAUAUUCUACAACGUUGAAAAGGACUGGGCGGAUGCAGAGCGUAUCUGCAGUUCUCUCAGUGGAAAUCUAGUUUCCAUCCACACUAAAGAUGAGUACAAAUUCCUCAGAGAGAUGAUUUACAGAGCGACUAACUCACAUAAAACAACUUGGGUUGGAGGCUAUGAUGCAGUAAAGGAGGGUGUGUGGUUUUGGAGUGAUGGUUCAAAGUUUGACUUCACUGACUGGGGCAAAGGGGAGCCGAACAAUCGUGGAGGAGAAGGUUGCAUGGAGAUCAAUUUGCGAGGAGAAGAUUAUGUCAAUGAUGGAAAGUGCCAAUUGAAGAGAUCUUUCAUUUGUGCCAGAGAGCCAUGA